AUGACCGCAUCUGGUGAAAGCCGUCUCGAGAAGGCGAACAAGAAGUCCCCCUUCGUGCAGAUAAUGCAGUUGGCCAUUCCCAACAUGAUCAGCUUCCUUGUUAUGUACUCUAUAUUCGUUAUCACUAUCUUCUUUGUAUCGGCCACUAAUGAUUCCAAUAUGCUUGGCGCCAUUGGUCUCGGAUCGGUCAUCCAAAACGUGUUCGGAUUCAGUAUUGGAGUCGGUCUCAUGUCGGUCCUGGACACUCUAGUCAGCCAGGCAGUCGGUGCCGGCAACCCCCACCUCGGCCUCAUCUACUUCAAUCGUGCACGUAUUGUCGGCACCAUUGCCUUCGUUCCUUGCUUCAUAGUCAUGUUCUACACUGAGCCCAUCCUCCUCUGGAUGAACCAGGACCCCCUCACGUCUAAGCUGGCCGCUGAUUACGUACGCGGUAUGAACUGGGGUCUCUGGCCAUUCUUCAUGUACAAUGCUAUGUGCAGUUUCUUGAGGUCCCAUAGGCUACCAGAAGCCCCUCUAUAUGUCAACGCCAUCACAGGCUGUGGCCAUGCCCUUUUCUGUUGGCUCUUCUUAUUCAA